AUGACGGAGGAGUCCCAAGUUCGCGCCUUUUACACAGGCAAGAAUUUCUUCAUCACUGGAGGUACGGGCUUCGUAGGAUUAUGCCUUAUUGAAAAGAUCCUGCGAUGUAUACCCGACGCAGGAAAGAUUUACUUGCUGAUGCGCCCCAAGAAAGGCAAGGAAAUCGCGGAGAGGUUGAACGAGUUUCCCGGCCAUCCGGUCUUUGAAAAACUACUAGAAAACCAAACGAAAGAAAUUUUCAACAAACUGGUACCAAUAUCUGGUGAUGUUGGUGCUGAAGAUCUUGGCUUAUCUCCAGAAGAUCGCGAAAUACUUAUAGAAAAUGUGAAUGUCGUGAUACACUCUGCGGCAACACUGGACUUUGAGGAGGGUUUGAAGCCAACGGUUAAAAUCAACGUACUUGGAACAAGAAGAGUUCUGGAACUAUGCAGACAGGUUAAGGAACUGAAGGUAAUGGUACAUGUGUCGUCGGCUUAUGUUAAUGCUUUCCUGAACGAGGCUGAAGAAAAAGUGUAUGAAACGCCAGGAGAUGUUAACAGUGUUAUCAAUCUUGUCAAUCGGCUAUCUGACGAAGCCUUGGAAGAUAUGGAGAAAACGAUUCUUCGAGGUCACCCAAAUACUUAUACAUUCACGAAGCACUUAGCUGAACACGAGGUGAAGAACUCAUCAAAUCUGUUUCCAUGCACCAUUGUCAGACCAUCAAUGAUCGUAGCGUCUUGGAAGGAGCCAGUGGUGGGGUGGACUUGUUCUAAAGUUGGACCCCAAGGCUUCCUUAUGGGUGCUGCAAAAGGUGUAGUUCGUCGUCUCCCGCUGUCUAAAGAGAACAUAGCCGAUUAUAUCCCGGUUGAUAUUGUCAUCAACCAACUACUUGUGGCAGGGUGGCACGCAGCUAAGCAAGAGUCUGGUUUAACGGUAUACCACUGCACCUCGUCCACACAGAACCCUUUCCGUUGGAACAUGCUGGACUCCGUCGUCAACGAGAUGUUGCAUAACUACCCUCUCAAAAGCGCAGUCUGGUACCCCCAUUUACAAUUCGUACCAUCGCUGUUCCUGUUUCGUAUAUCCGCCAUUUUCGUUCACUUCUUCCCCGCCAUUUUGCUAGAUAUGCUCUUGAGAAUUACCGGCGGCAGGCCUAUAUUAUUUCGCCUGCAUAAAAAUGUCUGGAAUUCACUAGGAAGGCUGGAACGUUUUAUAUUCUCUGAAUGGCGAUUCCAUAACCCUAAUACUCGUGAACUGGCAACACAGUUGAACAAAGUCGACGAGGAUAUGUUCUAUAUUAACAUUAGUACUAUUUAUUGGGUGGAAUACUUCGUUAAUCUCCAUCUUGGUGUGAGGAAGUAUUUGAACAAGGAGAGUGAGAAAACUAUACCUGCUGCCAAGACUAAGGAUAUAAUAUUAAGGUUCGCUCAUAUUGCUUGGCAGACUAUGAUUAUAACGCUCCUGUGGUACAUUUUCUCUGCGUUAUUCGGAUUCACAAUGCUACAGUGCUUCUGGGCGCCCCCUAUUAUCUAUUACUUGUAUACACUCCUUUAA